AUGCUGAGACAAAUGCAGCUGCGUUGGAGCGGCCACCUGGUGCGCAUGCACGACGGGCGACUACCCAAACGAAUCUUCUACGGAGAUUUCGCGACGGGCUCUCGUCGCCAAGGAGGCCAAAUUCGUCGAUACAAGGAUACUCUGAAGUCCUCCCUGAAGCAUCUGCAAAUUAAUCCGACCAACUGGGAAGAGCUCGCCCUCGACCGACCGACCUGGAGAAGGAAAGUGAAGACAGGCGUUGCGAUCUAUGAGGCCAACCGCAUCGCCGCUGCCAAAGUGAAACGCGACGCACGGAAAUCACAGCCACGCCCCGCCCGCAACGCCGACGCACAACCGCUUCCAACGUGUUCUCGGUGUCAACGGACAUUCCAGGCACGAAUUGGACUCAUUGGACACCUUCGGACCAACCGCACCUCCCAUACCGCACCAACCGCCGUCCCUCCGCCCGCCUCUUCCUCGUCCUCUCCGCCGCCAACUAACUCUGACAAUUCUUCUGAACCACCGCUUCCGUCCUUCCCCUCCUCCUCCUCCUCCCCCCUCCUCCUCCUCCCCUUCCUCCUCCUUCUCCUCCUUUUCCCCAUUCUCCUCUCCCUCCUCCUCCUCCUCCUCUUCUUCUUCUUCCUCCCCUCCUUUCUUCCCCCGCCUCUUUCUCUUCCUCCUCCUGCCCCACUGCACCAACCACGGCCGCUGUGGUGGCCGUCACUCACAGCAGCAUCACACACAUCCAUGACACAACAACAGACACCAUCCCUCCAACCUCCGACUGCAGGGAUGAGGACCAGGACUACACCUGCCCUCACUGCGACCGCACCUUCACCUCACAUAUCGGCCUGGUCAGUCACUUGCAAAUCCAUCGCACAGAGACUCGCGAACCAGUGCCAGGAGCACCAACCUACACCCACCGCACUCGCCUUCACCGCCCACACUGCCCUCGCACCUUCACGCAUCGCAUGGGCCUAUUCGGCCACAUGCGCAUCCACGACGACCUGCGGUAGGCAACCGCCGGCUACACCACACCACAACACUCUCCCUCCCUGCCUCCACCACCACCACCACACAUCAGCACUCACACACCGCAAGCACCCAACUGCCACCUCACAUGCAAGUGGGAAGUGUGCAUCUCGACUCGGUCCCCAUGCGGCUUCGGCUGCACGGGUGACUUGAGUCUGAGACAAUCCCGACAAGUCAAGCGUCGUGGAUAGGAAGGCUGCUGAUUGACGUCCCCACUCGGUCCACGCAGUCCGCCCCGCUGUGUGUGUGUUGUGUGGAGUGGCGGACUGGUGGGCUGGGAACGGGCUGAAACAGCACCUUCCACGGCACUCUGACGCAAGUGAGAGACACGCCGUUCAACUCCCGUUGUGUGAAAUCCUGGUGUUUGUGUGUAUGGGGGUCCAGGUCGUGCUCGUGGCGCGCGCAGUCAUGGUCAGUCGAUCAUGCCAGCCACCGCGCCCAUUUCCUACUGCAGUCUCCUGACUGGCUCGGACAGCGGCUGCGGUGUGGGGAUGGGAAGGGAGAGUGAGGUCGACGACUCAGCGCACUUUCUCCUCACUAUAAACAAUCUGACGCGCUUGAAGCUAUCACGGUGCGCUAAAAGCCGUGGCUUGGAAGGUUGCCAACUGACGGGGUAACUUGGACCUCCUCCUCGACUGAUGGGGGUCUGAGAGUCAGGCUGCAAUGGCUCCUUUUUAAUGUGGCCUUUAUGGCACUCCUAUCACAGUGUGGGAUCCGAGCCAGGCGUUGUCGGCACGCCUAGGUGCGGCUUCGGCCGUGCCAGCCUCCAAUCUCGGUUGUGUUGGUUGAAAUCCUGGUUAUUUGUUGUGCGGACCAGGGGGUGUGGGGGACCGCCAAGGUGAGGAUACGUCCGAGCCAUCCACCUGCGGCCUCCCUCGUCUCCGGUCUUCUUGACUCUGUCUUGACACCGAGCUAGGGAGACGGAGGAGAGAGUGUAGGUAGAUGCAGCGCAAGUCUACCGGCACUAUAAACCCCUGCGCAAGUCACCGUCCCUGCUCCCACGGCUGCUGCAGCUGUGGGGCACACGGUGGACAUCAUCGAAAUCGAUGGUCGAACUUUCACUGCAGCCUACCUACCAUCUUCAAAUUUUAUUUCGUUGGAUGCCUGCCUUUCAAUAUAUAUGUCAAAUGUAAUGGUAGAGAGGGUUCACUGAUCGUGUUAUCGAACUCAAUGGUCCCUCCUUGUGUCUUGAGACCGCGCAGGGGCGCGUAUUACAAGCAAAAAACCACUACCGACAAAGACAAGGGAGACUGAGAUAGCCAUUUCCGGCUUAUUAGCCGUCUUCAGUCACGCACAACCGCAAAGAUUGUAAGACCGGUAAUGCUAUUCUGCCUAUAUCAUACGCCGCUGUGCGACUGCUGGUUGGACUCCAGAGAGAGAGCCCAUAGGGGAAAAAGGGACGGGUGAGUUCUGUAAGAACGAUCGGUGAGUGGCCCUCUACCAUUGUAUAUUCGCGAUCGCAACCGGCAGGACAACGAGCCAGCGGCUCAGUGGUUAAAGGCGUUGGACUUCUAACCAACAGGUCGCAAGACCGAGCCUCGGGUGUUCCACACUUCGGGGUUGGUAAUGGCUGGCUGAUGACGGCUAAUGGGCUAGAAGGGGAUAUUCCAAUCUCCCUUGUCUUUGUGGGUAAUGUUAUUCUGCCUGUAGAUAGCUUGUCAGCUGGGAAGCCUUUCAGAUGCAAUAAACAGAAGUGUACUCCAAUCCGAUUUUUGUACAUGGAACCUGGAAACCUCUGCCAUAGCGGAGACGUUAACUGGAACCCAGUCCAUAGUUUCCUGAGUUUGUUAGCUGCUUGCGGCAACCGUAACUGUGGACAGACAGUUCUGAGGACAAGUGAAUAAAUAACGGCAACAUUUUGGCUAAACUGAGCCUACAAAAUUUAACAAACUUCAGUUUAACAACUGGGGGAAAUUAGAAACGACCAGCCUUAUCCGAAAUAAUACGCCACUUCAUUCUCCCGAGUGUACCUAAGCCACCCUCUAACAGCUCAUUCAUGGCUCCUACAAGCAGUUAAAAAAACAAUCAAAACAACUGCCACGACGACGACGACGACGACGACGACGACGACGACGACGACGACGACGACGACGACGACGACGACGACGACGACGACGACAGCGUGUAUAGUACCAAACCCGAGGACUGAAAAUAGUCUGGGAAUCGACUGGUGCGUGCGUGCGUGUCGUCCUAUUGGCCCUCGUGCUUGCACGUGUCCUCUAUCUCAGGCUACCUUUUGAGGUCUUGUCUCAUACUGUCUGAGGUCUGACCACCAAUUCAAGACUCUUACCGUGUCCUGAUAGGUUCAGUCGCGUCAGAUUCAUGAUAAUGAAUGAUGCAACGAUUUGCCGUAAAGACGGAUUCCCCGGUGUUAACUUCAUUCUCUUCUUCAUCUGCCAUCAUGCUUCAGUCGACUGUUCCAGCCUGACAGUCAACUGUUGGUGGGAUUGGGGGGCAAUGGCUGACGCGACGUGAAGGCCUAUGUCUGAGCCUGUAUGGCGGGCUGUGCGCGCUGCCAGAUUAACGCGUGCUGUUAGCCAAUCUGGCCCCCUGUCCUGAUCCAGCGCGCAUCUACAGCGGGACCCCUUUGUGGGAGCGCAAAGUCGGACAGCACACACAUGCGCGCAUCGAGAGUUCGACCGUCAUAGGGGAACGACCACUGUGCACCCCGCAGAGUCGGCGCCGCAUGGGUCACUUACGCGUGAGGUGGAAUUGCGUUGCAUCCUCCAUACCCCCUCCUCUCCCCACCCUGCUCCGAUGACAAGACAAUGUCAAGACGACCGCAGCCGAACUCAGGCACAGUGGCCGACAAAACUAGACGACCCGUCUACGCGUGCCACACACGAGCUGUUCCCCACAGAAUGCACCUGGCACACACACACCUACUCAUGCAUUGCUACUUGACCUCUGUUGACACCAAUCUCUCAUCUGUUACCUCACGAAACUGUAACAUGCCUGAAGGCUACAUACCAGUAGCCGCUAAAAUCCUUUUUGUUCAACCAAUCAGCUUUAGCUUGCCACCGCAACACAGCGCGCGUGAGGAGAGCUGGCCGCAGGGCCGCCUCUGAGUGGUCCUCACACGGCCUGUAACUACCGUAUUGUCGUGUGUUUAUUCAGAAGUCUGCCAACGCCUUACUGUGCCCAUUUUGUUCCUUCGCCAUUGUAGAACCUGGAGAAGGGUCUGUCCAACAUGCAGUCGGAGAUGCACCGAGCCACAGCCAAGGCGACCCGAACGGCAGAGGCCUCAGCUGCGGAACGCAUCGAGAAGUCUGAGGCUAGGGUCAAACAGCUGCAGGUUGAGCUCAACGAGAAGAACCAGCUGCUUGCCAGUCAACGCAGUCAACUCGAGGUACGUGGGUUUGUUCCUGGCGGGGUAACAAACGGUAUUUUCAAUUUUCCUCCCUGGGGUCUGCAAACCACACCCUAA